CAGCCCCGCGCCGCUCCGCCAUGCCCGUCGGCGCCUCCCCCGCGGCCAAGCCCCGGUACAGCCUGGUGAACGACCGGGACGACCUGCGCGUCCCGCUGCACAACGACGACGCCUUCCAGCACGGCAUCGGCUUCGAGGCCAAGUACAUCGGCAGCCUGGACGUGCCACGGCCGAACAGCCGGGUGGAGAUUGUCACAGCCAUGAGGCGCAUCCGGCACGAGUUCAAAGCCAAGAGCAUAAAGAAGAAGAAGGUGCACCUGAUGGUGUCGGUCGACGGCGUGAAGGUGGUGCUGAAGAAGAAGAGGAGGAAGAAGAAGGAGUGGGACUGGGACGAGAGCAAGCUGCUGGUGAUGCACGACCCGAUCUACAGGAUAUUCUAUGUGUCCCAUGAUUCCCAGGACCUGAAGAUCUUCAGCUACAUUGCCCGGGACAGUGCCAGCAACGUCUUCCGCUGCAACGUGUUCAAGUCCAAGAAGAAGAGCCAGGCCAUGCGCAUCGUCCGAACCGUGGGCCAGGCGUUUGAGGUCUGCCACAAGCUGAGCCUGCAGCACGCGCACCAGGAUGCCGACGGCCGGGAGGAGGGCCGGAGCGAGAAGGGCAGCGAGGACCUGGCGGCGCUGGCUGCCGGGCGGCCUGGAGCAGAGCCUGCCGCCGCCGAGGAAACGGACAUCGACGCGGUGGACCUUGGUCUGCCUGGGAGUGACCACCUGGAGUUCAACCGGGGGGUGACGGACCUGGAUGCCGUUGGCCGAGAGUCCCCUGGCCGGCUCUGCGCCCAGGGCCUGCUCUGGAAGGACCGCGUCCCGACGGCUUCCCCCGGGGCGCCGCUCCCCCUCUGUCCCGAGCCAGGGGGCCCUCUGUCCGCCCACCACCAGACGCAGCUCCUGCAGCAGCUCCUGCAGCAACAGCAGCAGCAGACGCACGUCGCCGUGGCCCAGGUGCGGCUGCUGAAGGACCAGCUGGCGGCAGAGGCGGCAGCCCGGCUGGAGGCCCAGGCCCGCGUGCACCAGCUGCUGCUGCAGAACCGGGACCUGCUGCGGCACGCCUCCCUCCUCGUGCGGCAGGUGCAGGAGCUGGAGGCGAAGCUGCUGGGACCCCGCGCAGCGAGCCCCCGGGACGGCGUGCUGGAGCUGGCCUGCCGGUCGGGGGCCCUGCCCGUCCUGUGCGACGCCACUACCCCCCUGCCCGACGGCGGCCCCGAGCCGCGGCCCGACGCCCCCGGCCCCCCAGGCGGGCCCCUCGGCUGGAGCGACUGCUGGGCGAGGCUGGAGUGCUUCCGCUUCCCGCCCGGCCCGGCGCCGCCCUUGGGCAGCCUGGAGCUCCUCCGGUUCCGUGAGUCGGGGAUCGGCUCCGAGGGCGAGGGCGAGUCUGGCACGGACGGGAGCGAGCAGUGGGGCGCCUGGGCCCGGGGGGCGCCCCCACGCCUGGUCAACGUCCGGGACCAGCAGGGGCCGGGCGACAGCCUGGAGGAAGAGGUGGCCAUCUGAGCGGCGGCAGCGCCCCUUGGGGCGGGCAGGUGGGGAGGAGAGGCCCCCGGCCCCUGGCCCGGGACCGGCCCCGGCCCGUCUGUCGUGGCUGCUUCUGGGGCCUGGGCACCGACGGCCCCCCGAGGCGGAGCACCGUGCCUGGGGCAGCCUUGGGGCGGACGUGCUGUGCAGCCUCGCCGUGGGGAGCCGAGUCCUCCUGUCCCGCCAGACGUGGCAGGUUCCGGCCCCGGGAACCUCGGGUCGCUGGCUUGCUCUUGGGGCUGCGACUGCGUGUGCGUUGGGCCCUUGAGGCCCGCAGAGCCCGGCCAGAGUCUCGCAAGAGCGUGCCGUGUCCGUCCUCUGGAGCCAGCGGUGCUCCGGCGGGGGCAGGAUGGGGACGGGGCCUCGGUGCCCCCGUUGCUCUUGGCCUCCCGUCCCUCCGGGGAGCGUGGCCGGAGGCGGUUUGCCUGCUUUGCAUGGCGUGUGGCGUGCCGGAGGGAGUUUGCGCGUGAGAUUUUGCCUUUGGCGCAGGGUGUGCGUGCUUGUGCCGUGCCGUGCAGUGAGUGAGCGAGCGAGCGAGCACAGGGAAGCGCGGCCCCAAUCCUCCCUGCUGCCUCCCCUUUCCAGACUGUCCCGAGGCAGGCGCAGGAGCUGCAUCUCGGGGCAAGCGGAAGGCGAGCGUGUGGCUCGGGGCCGGAGUGUCUUCUGGGGCCGGUCAGUCGCUUCUCGUGCCCUCAUGAAUCCGCUGUGCGCUGGGCACGGCCGUCCUCGUUCCCGCAGAGCCACUCCAGCGGUGCUCCGGCCCUUCGUUCUGGCCCAGUGCUCAGCCCGCCUGGCGCCCUGUUGCUCGGCCCCGGAGGUGCUUGCAGGAUGCCUGGAACCGGCACUCUUCGUCUCUUCAUUCAUUCAUUCAUGCAUGCAUUAUCCCACUUUUUUCCUGUGGCAAACCCAAAUUCUCCUCCUCCUGCUCUCAGUCUCAUCCCACCAACAACCCUGCAAGGAAGGCUAGCCUGAGAGUCUGGGACUGGCCCAGAGGCACCCCGGUGGCUCUGUGGCUGAGCGGGGACCCGGAACCAGGUUCCCCGAGUCCCAGGCCUGUGCUCUUCACACCCCGCCACAUGGGCACUCGCUAGUUAAAGGGCUUCCUGGUUGCAUGCUCUCUCCCCCCUCUGGAGGAAUAUUUUGAAUCCCCUUUUUACCACAACUUCAGCCUUUCCUUCCACCUUUUUUUUGAGUGCCACCUGCAUCUCGCUUUGCACCGCUGUGCGGCCUUCCCGUUCGUGCAUCCACAGAGGCGUGACAGAGGGCCGGAGCGGCGAGGCUGCUUCCCCUUUUCUGGGCCUGGGGUUAGGGUUAGGGUUAGGGUUAGGCCAGGCCUAGCGGACUCGGCGUGGGGGGGCAGGACACACCUGCAGUGCGAGGCCCCCGCCGUGCAGGGAGGGGAGCUGCCGCCCGGCUCGCUCAUCGUGCUCACAGGAGGCUCCCUGCCUCGGGCUCCCGUGCCCUGCCUGGCGGAGCAGCUUGUAUGGCAGCCGGGGGGAGAGUGGCCUGAAGGGCGGCGCUCUUUCCCCGGGCGGCUCCGGAGGGCCCCGUGAGUGGCGAGGCGUCCUCUGGGGGGG